CAGAGUGCUUCACACACUGAUUAACAUUCCCAACUAAACGUUGCGACCAUUCAGUCUGUCAUACAAUCUGGUCUGUAUGAUUUAAACUCUUAAUGCCAGCAGAAUGAAGAUUGAUAUUCAUAAUCAUAUUUUGCCAAAGGAAUGGCCCGACCUCAAAGAGAGAUAUGGAUAUGAUGGGUUUGUUCAACUCCACCAUCACUGCCAAGGAGAAGCAAAAAUGCUGAAGGAUGGAAAAGUGUUCCGUGUGAUCCAGGAGAAUUGCUGGGAUGCUGAUGCCCGAAUUCGGGAUAUGGAUAGGCAUGGAGUGACUGUACAAGCCCUCUCCACUGUGCCUGUAAUGUUCAGCUAUUGGGCAAAACCCCAUGACACACUAGAUCUGUGUAAAAUUCUGAAUGAUGAUCUGGCUGCUACAGUGAAGCGAUAUCCGAAGCGUUUUGUUGGGCUAGGUACUCUGCCUAUGCAGGCCCCUGAUCUGGCAGUACAAGAGAUGAGACGGUGUGUCAAAGAGCUGGGCUUCCCUGGUGUGCAAAUCGGCUCUCAUAUAAACACAUGGGACCUUAAUGCCCCAGAGCUGUAUCAUGUCUAUGCUGCAGCUGAGGAACUCAACUGCUCGAUAUUUGUACAUCCAUGGGACAUGCAGACAGAUGGGAGAAUGGCUAAAUACUGGCUGCCUUGGUUAGUUGGUAUGCCAUCAGAAACUACAAUGGCAAUGUGUUCUAUGAUUUUUGGUGGCGUUUUUGAAAGAUUUCCCAAACUUAAGGUCUGCUUUGCUCAUGGAGGCGGUGCUUUUCCAUACACCAUUGGUCGAAUCGAGCAUGGGUUUAAAGUGCGGCCCGAUCUUUGUGCAGUAGAUAACAAGAUCAACCCACGUAAAUACUUAGGAUCUUUCUAUACUGAUUCUCUUGUGCAUGACCCACUCUCUCUGAAGUUACUUAUAGAGGUUAUUGGAAAGAAUAAAGUGAUGUUAGGCACCGAUUAUCCAUUUCCACUUGGGGAACUGGAGUCAGGAGCCUUGAUUGAAUCUAUGGAUGAGUUUGAUAGUUCUCUUAAGGAUAAACUGCUUGCUGGGAAUGCAUUGGAAUUUUUAGGACUAUCAAGAAAACAGUUUGAGUGAAUCUGAGUGUAUUGAUGAGAAAUGAUUAUAUUACCAGAUAGAUGGAUUAUUAUUUGUUUUCAUUUGUUUAUUGAUGUAUCUUUAUUUUUUGCAACAUUCUGUAAAUUGUUUCAAAUUUGUUUACAGAUUUUAUCCUUAAAAAUACUAAUUGAUUACUCUUUUGUGAUACUGUUAUUCUAUUAAAUAUUUUCCUGUUAAAUCUUUUUGGUGCUGAAAAGUUUCCAACCUUAAAAAGUAGCCUACUUUUUCAACUUUUAAUUUACUUACAAGAAAGACAUUUAGAAAUUCUCCAAAAUUGCUUGGAUUUACACUGACCACAGAAAUAUAAGCUAUAAUUUAUAAUUGCAUAUUUGUAUAGUUGUAGUUUGUGUUGAUGUCAAAAUACAAUUGUAAAUGAUAACAAUAGCAUUUUAAUAAAGUUAUAUUCUCACACAUA